CGGAACAUUAAGCUACUUUGCAUUUCAGGGCUGCAUCCUCACCUCAUCCAUACAAUAUGCCGGGAAGAACUCGUCCAGUCGAGAAGAUUGCCAAAGCUUCAGCCCAAUGCUCCGUAGAGGUUGCGGCAUACGGCAAGUGUAUUGUUACCGAUUACAACUCAGUACAUAAAGAUAUGUGUGCGAAAGAGUUUAUGCGACUGAAGGAUUGCUACUUGGCGGCAUCCAAAAAGGGCUAAAGAAACAUUUGAAGGUUCCUUGGAAUUAUAUGUUGGAAAAAUCAGAAGCAUCAGAAGCAUUCAAAGAGUUGGGGCUGUUUGAGUAUGGCGGCGCAAGCAGGAGCAUUUGUAAAUUAUUCUAGGUUGAAUUUUGCUAGGUAUUGAAGGCGAACUAUUGAUGAAAGGC